CUGUAGCUCUCUCAGACGUGCUCAGGAUGAAGGCAGAGGUGGUCGCCCUUGUGGCGGGCAUUGUAGGGGGGAUCGGGGUGCUGUGCUUCUUUGUGGCUUUUGCGACGGACUACUGGUUGCUGGCCAGCGACGACUGCGACGACUAUGGACAGAUGCAGUAUACAGUCGACACCAACAUGGAGGAACAGUCAAACAGCACGCAGUCAAACAGCACAGAGGCAACGGUUGUGACAGAAGGCCCUGUCCUCCCUGAUGCGACGUUGCAUCAUGAAGGCUUCUUCUGGAGAUGCUGGUUUCAUGGGGACCCCUCGUUUCACGUGGUCUGGGCCGUUUUAUUCACGAAUCAACCAGCACCCAAGGUCUGUAUCCAUGGAUACCUCUUCCCCCUGCCCGUUGCCUUGGGACCAGUCCCUCACCCUAUUUACGAUGCCACAGCAGUGUUCCGAGGGUUCUGGACCAUGUUCAUCAUCCUGGCUGUAGCUGCUAGUGUGGCCGGAGGGUUCUUAUUGGUUUGUGCUGUGCCGUUUGUCAGCUACAAGCUCUACAAGGUGGGUGGAGCCUUCCUUAUCACAGCAGCCUGCCUGUUCCUGGCUCUGGUGUGCCUUUUCGUGCUCUGGAAGGAGGUGGUGGCAGACGUUGGGAAGUACAUUAUGCAGGAACGAGGGGAAACGUGUCCUGAUGCACAUAUAGAGGCCCACUACGGCUGGUCCUUCAUGGUUGCUGCUGCCGGAAUCCCAUUGGUCAACCUCUCUGGCCUCCUCUUUUUCUUAAUUGGCCGGGCCCUCCAAAUGCGUAAAGGAGUAACCAAUUAGGGACCGGGUACUGAGAUGGGGUUAGUUUAUUUUAACAGAUUCAUGUACAGUAUGAAUGUACUGUACAAUAUGAUUUCAACCACCACUUUGGAACCAACAAACGCAGCCAUAUCAGCUCACCAAGUUAUGUCAGUAGUCAAAACUGUAUAUUCAUCAAAACAAAAGCCAGCAAACAAACAGAAAACAGACAAAUUCAUGUAAGACCACUUGGGAGGUAGUGAAUGGUGAGUGUCCAGUACAGGCCUCUCUGAAUACUUUAAAUUUGCUACUUUUUCAACCGUCUAUAAAGUUUGAUUCCAAAAAGAUUUCUCAACAUACCCAGGUUGACUGAUCUGAAUUAUCAUAAAUUUGAAAUGUCAUCAAACAUCUACAGUAAACAAAGCCCCAACAGAAAAAAAUAAUUAUCUCUCCAUCUGGGCCAAGGCCAUAUAAUUUUCUUAGGCUGAAACAGGAUUGGAUGGACAUGUCACAUGGGAUGAAGUCGUAUAUAAUGACUGUACUGUGUUAGUUUAUCAUGUACAUGAACUAUAGGAAUUAGUGCACCAGUGAUGCAAUUUCCAGUACAACAUUUAUCUUACUUUAUUAUACCCUGUUUCCUCUACCUUAAAUUGAAACUUGACUUUGGAUCUUAGGGGCAAUGAUUAAAACUUAAUUCUUAAUUGUUUAACAAAAAUCAAGACACCUAUAACACAAAGUUUGGAAUAUAUAUUUUAUUUUAUGAAUGCAUUAAAUUAAUAAUGAUAUAUGUAUUUGUUUGUUUGUUCUCUGCUGGAAUUUGACUGAUACAAAAUAAUGUAAUAUUUCAUGUUAUUGGUAUUGUAUAUUUUCUUUAUUGUAUAAGAACUGUUAUCUUACAUACAUACAGUAGUUGUGUGUGGAUGUUUAUGAUUAGACAAAUAUCAAUAGAUAGCUGUGUUGUAAAAUACCAGGAGAGGGGCAAGAUAAAAUUAUUCAGUUUUACAAAUGAAUGUAAUUUUAAUAAGUACAGAAAUAGUUUGCAGCUUUUGGAAAAAAGUGUACAUACAUACAAAUACAUUUCCUCACUGUG